AUGCGGUUCCGGUUCGGGGUGGUGGUGCCGCCCGCGGUGGCCGGGGCCGGGCCGGAGCUGCUGGUCGUGGGGUCGCGGCCCGAGCUGGGGCGCUGGGAGCCGCGCGGGGCCGUGCGCCUGAGGCCGGCGGGCACCGCGGCGGGCGCGGGGGCGCUGGCGCUGCAGGAGCCCGGCCUGUGGCUCGGGGAGGUGGAGCUGGCGCCGGAGGAGGCGGUGCAGGACGGGGCGGAGCCGGGCCGCGUGGACACGUUCUGGUACAAGUUCCUGAAGCGGGAGCCGGGAGGAGAGCUCUUCUGGGAAGGCAGUGGACCUCACCAUGACCGUUGCUGUACUUAUAAUGAAAACAACUUGGUGGAUGGUGUUUAUUGUCUCCCAAUAGGACACUGGAUUGAGUCAACUGGGCACACCAAUGAGAUGAAGCAUACCACAGACUUCUAUUUUAAUAUUGCAGGCCACCAAGCCAUGCAUUACUCAAGAAUUCUACCAAAUAUCUGGCUGGGUAGCUGCCCUCGUCAAGUGGAACAUAUAACCAUCAAACUGAAGCAUGAAUUGGGGAUUACAGCUGUAAUGAAUUUCCAGACUGAAUGGGAUAUUGUACAGAAUUCCUCGGGCUGUAACCGCUACCCAGAACCCAUGACACCAGACACCAUGAUUAAGCUCUAUAGGGAAGAAGGCUUGGUCUACAUCUGGAUGCCGACACCAGAUAUGAGCACCGAAGGCCGAGUGCAGAUGCUGCCCCAGGCGGUCUGUCUCCUGCAUGCGCUGCUCGAGAAUGGACACACCGUGUACGUUCACUGCAACGCCGGGGUCGGCAGGUCCACUGCGGCCGUCUGCGGCUGGCUCCAGUACGUGAUGGGCUGGAAUCUGAGGAAGGUGCAGUACUUCCUCAUGGCCAGAAGGCCAGCUGUGUACAUUGACGAAGACGCCUUGGCCCGGGCAGAAGAAGACUUUUUUCAGAAAUUUGGGAAGGUUCGUUCUUCCAUAUGUGGUGUGUAGGUGGCCCAUCUGCCUCCCCAACCUCCCAAUUUCCUUAGGAAUCCAGUUUCCUUAGGUGAUGUUAGUAGAAUGACCUAGAAACAAAGAUUCCACCAGAACUGAAAAGACCGGUCACUUGGCUUUGCCUGCAGCCUGCCCCCUUUCGUCUGGGGCUGACUUUCUGUUAAUGCUUUGGUUGAGUUGUAUUUUCUUUGAAGUAUUUUUACAGAGGAAGCUGUGACAGACUGACACGUGAGAAAAAGCCACAAGCAAAUUGGACUGUGCAGCGUUCUAGCAUCGGAUGGAAAAGGAAAGUGUGCAUUUGCUUUAUCGCGGCUUAACGACCGCACCUUCUCGUGGCAUCGUAAUGUGACCUGUGGAACAAAAGUUGGAUCCGUAGAUGUGACCACUCGCGUGUUGAUGCGUGCACACACACAUGCACAGCUUUUCUGCUCAAUUGAACUGAAAUGAUACAAGGAGAGCUGGCCAGUUGCCAAAGAAGGGAAUAUGGGUAGAAGCGUGGACCAUGCCAGAGGAGGAGCUCCCAUGACUGAGAAGUGAUGGCUUUCUAGACUUGGUGUUGGCAUCCUGCUUCCCCAGUGUUUCAGUUGGUUCCAGGGCAUGACCUUCUGUACCCACAACCCUGUGUGACAACCACAGUGGAGUUAUUGUCUCUUCCUUUGGUUUAAUUGAGGCUCAACAAGCAUAGACAGCUUGCCCAAGGUCUCAUGGCUAGUCAGGGACCAGCUGGUGUUUAAAACCCACGCUUAUGUGACUCAGUGCUUUCAACACAACUUGUUGAUUUUCUAGCACAGUGUAGUGGAUUCUGUUUCUCUCUCUCAGAGUAAGGUCAAUUUUUUUGCAACAGUUUCUACAGUGAGAAAUGGAAUAGCCUUCUGAUUAGUUGCCAAGGAAUUUAGGAAAGUAGCUCUAUUUUGUGCAACCUAAUUUAAAACACGGUGGGCUGUCUCACCCCCAAGAGGCCUGAGCCAUAGCUCACCGUACCAGAAGAGCCCCAAUCCGUAGAUAAUUGUUACACAGCUUAGGAGUGGUCCUGUUUCAGCCCUCAGUUUAAAACAGUACACAGUUAUUGCGCCUCCAGAAUAUGUAGCUCACUACCCUAGGUUCCAUAGGAAAUACAAAGAUGAACAAGACUCUGCCUUCAAAAAGCUCACAAGCCCAGAAACAGCUCGGUGUUCAAUCAGCCAUGCCACAGGAUUGAUCUAUGCAUGAUAUACCAGAAUAGGGGAAGGAGAAGUACCUUUUAUCGGAGAAGUGCCUUGUAUGUGCCAGGUGCUUUUCAACUUUAAUUGAACCUUCACAGUACCCUACGAGGGCAGUUCAUUACCUCUGAUAUAUAGCUGAGAAAACGAAGGCUCAGAUAGUUCAGUCGACUGCCCAGGAUCACACGGUGAAGAAAUAGAUGAAAUGAGAUACAAAGCUAGGUUUGUCUAAUUCAACACCCCUGCUUUUUCGAUUAAACUGCAAUGCCUGCUUAUUUUUCUGCUCCUUUUUUUCUUCGUAAUUAUUUAUUGAUAGAUACAAGAGACUGUGAAUUAGGAAGUAUGGCGGAUAAGGAUGACACAAGUUAAGUUCCACUGGAGUUUAGAGGAGGCAGACAUGUCUGUACUGUGGGACUCGGGGGGAUGGCUUUUGAUUUAUCAGAGAAUGCUAAACAGCUCGCAUUUCUCCUGCAAGUUUACCAAGUUAAAUUUAUAAGCCAGGUUUGAAUAUUAUGAAAUCUAGCUCCCUUGCUAAAAAUAAGUAGAGAUAACUAUUAUAUCCAAGUAACCCAUUUAUGGUCAUAAUGUGUUGUGUAAAACUUAAUCCUGAAAUGGAAUAUUUCUAACCAAUUAUGUGUGUGUGUGUGUGUGUGUGUGUGUGUGUGUGUGUGAAUUAGUUUAAUGCCUAAGAAGUUCAGCUAUGUAACCUCCACUAUAGAAAGACCUUUCCGGGUGGAUUUUCCUUUUUCUUCUGAUAGGAAAAAUCAGUUUAGGGCUAUUAAAGAAUGUUUUGGAAUAACCUCUCUUGUC